CCCCUUAAACGCAGUGGAUAAAGCUGUGAAGUGACGCUUUCAAAAUAAGCUCAUUUUCCCCCUUGCAUUCUUUCCUCUAGUGGGAGCUAAGAUGUGAGAAAAGGAAGAGAUGAAAGGAAACGAGGAAAGAAAGGGGGAUGCGCGAAUGAGAACUGAAGAAGUACCGUCGUCUCCGUUAUCAAACUCAUCAACAGAAGUCGUCCACAUCUGUUCUCACAAGAUUUGACUCUUGUCACGUGUUCCUGCUUUCAGAAAACCUUCUACCAGAGAUCUUCAAUUAUGAGUUCUACAAUUGCCCUGCUGAGCAUCGCCGCUCAACUACUUUUGACUGACAUGGAAGACAGCAGCAUCCCUGAUCUGAAUGAUCAUACACUUUACAUAUCAAAUGUGAACGGGCCAGUUACUGAUCAGCCAACUAUCCCUGUUCUUAUGAUUACAGACUACAGUUAUGAUGAUUACUACAACUCUGUUGAUCCUGAUUCAUUACCCUGUGUUUAUCCAGCGCAUGGAGCUAGCAUCCUCCCAGUGUUAUACUCCCUGUUUUUUGUACUAGGCUUUCUGGGUAACACAUUAGUUAUCAGGUUGGUUUUGAAGAGCCUGAGAAGCAUGACUGAUAUCUGUCUCCUGAACCUGGCUAUAGCUGACCUGCUCUUGGUCUCCUCGCUUCCCUUUCUGGCGCACUAUGCCAGAGACCAGUGGAUCUUUGGAGGUCCUAUGUGCACUAUAGUGCUAAGUGUCUACCACAUUGGAUUCUAUAGUGGGAUUUUCUUCAUUGUACUGAUGAGCGUUGAUCAAUACUUGGCUGUAGUUCAUGCUGUGUUUGCAUUGAAAGUCAGAACAAGAACAUACGGGUUCUUAGCUAGUUUAGUCAUAUGGGUCGCUGCUGUCGCUGCAUCAUUUCCUGAGUUGAUAUACAUCGACACCACAGAUAUAAAUAAUCAAACUCUUUGUACAUCCUAUCCAACGACUGAUCAAUCCUCUUAUCAUGAUUCAAAGACAAAUGGAAUCUUUAAAAUGAACAUCAUAGGUUUAAUUAUUCCACUUUCUGUGAUAGGAUUUUGUUACUCGAUGAUUCUCAUCAAACUUCUAAAUGUUCGAUCAUCUAGGAAGCAGGCUAUUCGUCUUGUCGUGGUGGUGAUGGUGGUCUUCUUCUGCUGCUGGGUUCCGUACAACAUUGCAGCUUUUUUAAAAGCCUUGGAGCUGAAAAGAGUCAUACCUCAUUCCUGUGAAAGUAGUAAGGCGAUCACUUUAAGUCUGCAGAUCACAGAAGCUGUGGCGUACUCACACAGCUGUAUUAAUCCAUUUCUCUAUGUGUUUGUGGGAGAGAAAUUUAGGAAGCAUCUUUUCAGACUUCUGAACAGGACACCAUUCAGCAGACUGCAGUUCAUAAAAAGUUAUGUACAGACCACAGCAUCUGUUUAUUCACAGACUACUAGCUUGGAUGCAAGAUCCUCUGCCUCAGUCUGAAUUGAAGAAUUAUCAGAAAAAAAAUCACUGAACCACCCACUAACCUUAUAUAGCUUUAAACUACUUCAUGUUUAAUUUACUCAUUUCAUUUUUAUACAAUUAUGCAAGAUAUUUUACAUACACUUAUGGACAUUUUUAUAGCACAAUAAAUGCACUAUAUAAAAAAAAAAAAAAAAAAAAAAAUAUAUAUAUAUAUAUAUAUAUAUAUAUAUAUAUAUAUAUAAAACUAUUUUGAUAAAAAAAGUAUUCCCACGAUUAGUUCUGCAUGCAUGAAGUAUAAUACCAUUUUAUUAUAGGUUUUAAUAUGAACAGUGUAGCUUUUAGUUGAAAUCAGAAGUUUACACGCACUGUAUGAAAAGGCACAUAACCAUUUAAAAAAAAAGUCUGAUGUUAAUGUGAC